AUGUCGACCUCAGACUCCCAGACCGUGACGCCCACGGUCACGGAGGGCAACGAUGCCCCACCCACGCGUGGCCGGUUCGCCACCGUGCUCGCAGACCUCAAGAUGUACCGCCGCGCGUACCUCCUCACCGCCAUCGCGUCGUUUGGCGGCAUGAUUUUCGGAUGGGACACGGGUCUCAUUGGCGGCAUUCUGACCAUGGACGCGUUCCAACACUCGUUCAAUCUUAAAGAGGACAGUGACGAUUUUGCAAACCUGCAGGGGAAUAUCGUCAGUGUGCUGCAGGGAGGCUGCUUUUUCGGCGCCGCGGCAUCGUUUUGGAUGGCUGAUGUGCUAGGUCGCAAAUGGUCGCUCAUCGUUGCCGACUGCAUCUUCCUCAUCGGAUCUGCCAUCCAGACGGCUUGCGCAAUCAACACGACGAGUCUCGCACAGUUGUACGUAGGGCGCUUCAUUGGCGGCUUCGGCGUAGGUGCCAUCUCCGCCAUCGUGCCCACAUACAUCGGCGAGAACGCCAACAAGGAAAUCCGAGGCCGGUGUAUAGGCUGCAUGCAGCUCUUCAACAACACAGGCAUCAUGCUCAGCUACUUUGUCAACUACGGCAUGAACCUGCAGAUCUCGUCGCCGACAUCAGCAACCAAAUGGCGCGUGCCGUUUGCGCUGCAGAUGCUGCCCGGCGUGCUCUUGCUGGCGGGCAUGCUGUUCGAGAACGAGUCCCCCCGCUGGCUGGUCGAGAAGAACCGGCUGCAGGAAGCGCGGCGCGCGCUCUCCCACGUGCGGGCCAAGCCUGCUUCUGAUCCCGCCGUCAUGCUCGAGCUGGAUGAGAUAGUGGCGGACUUUGAGGGGCGCGAGAAGCUGUCGAUGUUCGCGCAGUUGAAGGCUUUGCUUGAGAACAAGAGCAUCUUCUACCGCGGGACGUUGGGGAUUGUGUUGUUUUUCCUGCAGCAGUGGUCAGGUACCAAUUCCAUCAACUACUAUUCGCCACAGAUCUUCAAGAGCAUCGGGCUCACGGGCACGGACUCGGGGCUGUUCGCGACAGGGAUCUACGGGGUAGUAAAGGUAGUGUUUACGGGGCUAUCGCUGAUGGUGGGCAUCGAGCAAGCGGGCAGAAAGUGGUCUCUCAUUGUCGGCGGGCUGGGCCAGGCCUUCGCCAUGUUCUACAUCGGCGCCAACCAGGCCGUCCAUCCCAUCGCGGACGGCGCGACGGGGAACAACCUCACGGGCAACAACGUCUUCGCCAUCGUGUGCGUGUACCUCUAUGUGAUAUUCUUCUCGUUCGGGUGGGGGCCGAUUCCGUAUAUUCUGUCGUCAGAGUGCUCGCCCAAUAUUGUGCGCUCCCUCACCAUGGCCCUCGCGCUGAUGACGCAAUGGCUGUUCAACUUCGUCAUCGCGAAGAUCACGCCCAUCAUGCUCGACAACAUCACGUACGGCACAUUCCUGCUCUUCGGCGCGUGCUGCCUGCUGAUGAUGGUGUACGCGGUUGUCGCCGUCCCCGAGACCAAGGGCGUGCCGCUCGAGCGCGUGCAUUUGCUGUUCGACGGGGGGGCGGGGACGGGUGGGCGGGCUAGUGGUAGGGGCAUUGUUGCUGGCGCGCUCUGGGACACCGUUCCUAGUCGGACAAGGGCGCGGAAGAUGAAGGCCAUGUGGGCGCAGGAGGGGGAGGGGACGGAAGGGAGUGCGGAUGUGAAGAGGGUUGAGACAGUGGAUGCGGAGGCGGAGGUCGGGGGGAAGAAGAACGCGGAUGUUUCGUAG